UCUUCAUCAAUGCCACUCUCUUUCCUUUCUUUUUGAACCAACCAAUGGAUCCCGCCGCCAUCAUCAACGCCACGUCGUUUCACUUAUCAGAGAUCUGGCACUUCCUUCCGCCCAAUGCGCCACAAAACCCAACCCCUCAGUUCGGGGAUUUCGCUCCGCCUCCGACCCGACACUCCCUUCCGGGUACCGACCCGAUAAUUCCGCCCACCAUUGCCCACAACGGAAAAAAGAGACGCGACUCCGAGGAGGAACCCGCUAAGGGCGUCUCCACCAGCAAUGGCGUGAACGAGGGUGGUGAUGGAAAACGUGUUAAGACAAUAGGGAAUAGGAGUGAGAAUAGUAAGGGCGAUGCAGAAGCCAGUUCAGGAAAGCCUGCGGAGCAAGGUUGUAAGCAACCUUCUGAGCCUCCUAAGCAAGACUACAUUCAUGUACGAGCUAGAAGGGGUCAAGCUACUGAUAGCCAUAGUCUUGCGGAAAGAGCUAGAAGGGAAAAGAUUAGUGAAAGGAUGAAAAUUCUUCAGGAUUUAGUCCCUGGUUGUAACAAGGUUAUUGGGAAAGCAUUGGUCCUUGAUGAGAUAAUUAAUUAUAUCCAAUCGCUUCAGCGCCAAGUAGAGUUUUUGUCAAUGAAGCUUGAAGCAGUAAAUUCUAGACUGACCCCUGGAAUUGAAGUGUUUCCUCCUAAAGAUUUUGAUCAGCAAACAUUUGAUACAGCCGGCAUGCCAUUUACUUCACAAGCUACAAGAGAGUAUAGUCGAGGUUCAUCACCGGAUUGGUUACAUAUGCAGGUGGGAGGUGGUUUUGAAAGAGCAACGUAGUCCAUGAAAUCCCAUCACCUGAUAAUAAAUGCAUAUACGGUCAGCAGUGUCUGCUUCAGAGCUCCCAUAACUCAUAUACUCAAGGUGUUGCAAUGGACACCUCAUUCUCGUUUU